CCCGUAAUGAUCCAGGGAGAGAGAGAGAGAGAGAGCAGUAAUGGCGGCCGGUUAGAGCCAUACACAAACACCGUCCGCAAACAGCCGCUCUCACCGCACCGCGCUCCGGGGGGCAGCUAGCCUCACACACCGCGGCGGAGCGACACACACGGAGCGGAUACACCGACUCUAACGGAGAGAGGGGGGGGGAACCGGACCGGGCGGGAAUCAUUUCAGUUGGACCGUUUGCUGCCUGGGACUUUCCUUCUACUUUUCUAAAAAAAAAACAACAUGGAUGAGCACCCCGGCGGAGGAGGAGGGGUCGGAUCCCAGAGACAACCUCCACAGUCAGGGAGCAAUAAUGGAGGUGGUGGAGGAGUCAUGGUGCCGCACCAGCCGGACGAGAUGCCCCGGCAGCAGUACACCAUCCCCGGCAUCCUGCACUACAUCCAGCACGAGUGGGCCCGCUUCGAGAUGGAGAGAGCGCACUGGGAAGUGGAGAGGGCCGAGCUCCAGGCGAGGAUAGCGUUCCUUCAAGGCGAGAGGAAAGGUCAGGAGAACCUGAAGAACGACCUGGUUAGAAGAAUAAAAAUGUUAGAAUAUGCUUUAAAACAGGAAAGAGCAAAGUACCACAAGUUAAAAUACGGCACAGAGUUAAACCAAGGAGAGAUGAAGAUGCCAAGCUUUGAAUCAGACACCAAAGAGUCCGAGGUCUCUGCUGUUCCUGCCAACAGUCAGCUCACCUGGAAACAAGGGAGGCAGCUACUCAGACAGUACCUGCAGGAGGUGGGAUACACAGACACCAUCCUGGACGUUCGUACGCAGAGGGUCCGCUCUCUGCUCGGCCUGUCGGGCUCCGAGCAGAACGGAUCCGUGGAGAACAAGAACCUUCAGCACCUCAUCAACGGAACCGAGCGCCGCAAGGACAGCAAGAGGAGUCCAGGCGACGUUCUGGAGACGUUCAAUUUCCUGGAGAACGCAGAGGACAGCGACGAAGACGAGGACGAAGAGGGAGACCUGAUGGACGAUAUCAGCACAGACAAACAUCACAGAGCCAAGAAACACAAGACCAAGGUGGGGAACGAGGGCUUGGCCUCGGAGGACGACGCCGACACGGAGGAGGCUCUGAAGGAGUUUGACUUCCUGGUGACGGCGGAGGACGGAGAGGGAGCCGGAGAGGCUCGGAGCUCCGGAGACGGGACGGAGUGGGCGGAGCCUCUCCCGUUCCCUCCCGGCGGGGGGAAGUCCUUCCUGUUGGGCGGCGACGACGUGAUGGAGAGCGUGCUGGGGCUGGGCGACCUCGCCGACCUCACCGUCACCAACGACGAGACGGACUACAGCUACGAUCUGCCGUCCAAUAAGGAGUCCUCGUUCAGGAAGACGUGGAACCCGAAGUACACGCUGCGGAGCCACUUUGACGGCGUGCGGGCGCUGGCCUUCCACCCCGUGGAGCCCUGCCUGGUCACCGUGUCCGAGGACCACACCCUCAAACUGUGGAACCUCACCAAGACCGUCCCUGCCAAAAAAAGUGCCUCUUUUGACGUUGAGCCCGUCUAUACAUUCAGAGCCCAUGUUGGUCCAGUGUUGUCGUUGGCGAUGACCUCCAGUGGUGAGCAGUGUUUCAGUGGAGGCAUCGACUCCACCAUCCAGUGGUGGAACAUCCCCAGCUCUAACGUGGACCCCUACGAUACCUAUGAACCCAGCGUCUUGGCGGGGUCGUGGUUGGAUCACACGGACGCUGUGUGGGGAUUGGCUUACAGCGGCAUCAAGAACCGCCUCCUGUCCUGCUCGGCCGACGGCACGGUGAAACUGUGGAACCCCACGGAGAAAAACCCCUGCAUCAGCACUUUCAACACAAACAAAGAGCACGGGGUCCCCACGUCGGUGGACUUUAACGGCUGUGACCCCGCCCACAUGGUGGCGUCGUUUAACACCGGGGACGUAGUGGUGUACGACCUGGAGACCUCCCAGAGUGCACUGGUGCUGAAGGGGCAGGGAGACGGCACACUCCCGGGGUCGAAUCAUAUCAACAAGGUGGUGAGUCAUCCCACGCUGCCGGUCACCAUCACCGCUCAUGAAGACCGGCAAAUCAAAUUCUACGAUAACAAGUCAGGUAAGGUGAUCCACGCCAUGGUGGCUCACCUGGACGCAGUCACCAGUCUGGCUGUGGAUCCAAACGGGAUCUACCUGAUGUCAGGAAGUCACGACUGCUCUCUGCGUCUGUGGAACCUGGACAGUAAAACGUGCGUUCAGGAGAUCACGGCUCACCGUAAGAAGAGCGAGGAGGCCAUCUACGACGUGGCCUUCCACCCGUCCAAAGCCUACAUCGCCUCCGCCGGAGCAGACGCCCUCGCCAGGGUCUACGUCUAGGCGAGGAGGAAGAGGAGGAGGAGGAAGAGGAGAAGAAGCAGAAGCAGAGGACAGUGGGAGACAGAGAGAGAAGCUAGUCUGUUCACAAACACACAGUAUUCAGGUCUGUUCAGGUCUCUGAGCACAGAUUAUAUAUUAAAGACUGGAGGCGACUGACUAAGCACACACACAUAAGCAUUAACACACACACACAUACACACACACAAGCAUUAUCACACACACACUUUAAGUUAAGAGGUGCAGCUGUUAGGUCUCCCUCUGAUUGCCUAAAGGGACUGAGACGUUCAGCACAGAAACGUUGUGGAAACGUUGUUUAAACUCUGCAGGUCGACACUCACCUGUCCUCUGAAGCCCCGCCCCCUCUGCAGAGUCACCAUGACACUACAUGGAUUAAACCACAGUAAACAAAUUACAAAGUUAAUAUCCAGAAACCACCUUGGGGACAAAUUAGACACCAGUAACAGAGCCUAAAAGGAAACGGAAAAUGAACCUAAACCACAGAAAGUGUCCUAAAAGCAUCUCCAGCUGCAGCCGAAAAUCUGAUGUUUUAACCCGUCAUGGUUUUGAUGUAUUUAAGUUUUUUAUUCUUAAAAUCUGGAGCUUCAGAUUGUGACUUUUUUACCGUGUUUUUAAGAAGUUAAAACAUAUCAAAAUAAAGAAACUAAACAUUAUGUGUUAGGUUUGUUUCUAAAUAACGACCAUGUCGGGUUAAAAUCAUCAGAUUUUCUGUUCGUCUCUGAUUGGACGUCUGUCUCCAAUGGGAGCACAGGAUUGGUUAAAACGCCCCCUCCACCUCAGCCAAUCAGAGCCCUGCGGUUAAGAACCACCGACACAUAAGGAGCUAUGACUUCAGGAUUCAAAAGUUGGCGUUACUGUAGUUACGUUCUCUGUUUGUGUAAAAUAAAUCUAGUUUUUAUAAUCGUUUUUAUAAACGUCUCGUUAACGGCACCAAGGAGGAUUCUGGGUCCUCUCUCCCGUCCAGUCCUGCCAUCACUCACCUCUCCGUGGAGGUCGUGUUAGAAAGUGAGGAGGAGGAAGAGGAGCUCUGUGUGUUUGUCUCGUUCACACGCACAAAGAUUAUAAUUUAUUUAUGAAAGGAGAUUCAUCCAAACAUUUCCGUCAUAAUUUCUAACCUGUAAACACCGGGUUAUUAACGCGGAGUGAGCGGUGCAGGGAUGACGUGUUUUUGUAGGCCGACCCUGAAGUAAGCAUCACAAGGGCUCCAUCGACAAAAAGGAUUUUUCAGAAAAUAAGAUCUGUGGUGAAAACACACAUUUGAGAUACUCACACACUUAGUUCAGCAGGAUAAUCUCCACCUUUUAAAACCACUUCAAGAUUUUUUUUAAAGCGUCAAUGCAAUCUCCAGAAGUGAAGUGCUUACAGGAACUACGUCACGUCAACAGCUCAACGCUAAACUAUUAUUAGCUACCGCCGUUUUAUUCCUGCACCACUCACAUUUGUACAAAUUGGUCCCUGAACGCACCACAUCUCGGUGGUCUCAGUAACUCUUCUUGACGUUAGGAGAAGCUUCAUGUUGUGGCUUUACCUUCCUCAUCUCCUCCUCCUCUUCCUCACAUCACGUGUGAGUUCUCUCUUCAAGUCGAUUAGUUGACUUUUCUUCAUCACAGCUUCAACAAGAAAGUUAUUUAUAUCUUUUUUUUUUGUCUCGUCCUCAUGAGGUAUUAAGAACCAGUUUAAGCUCCAGGAGUAACGGUCCAAUCAGAUGCCUCCUGGGGCCGGUUUUCAAACAAAAAAGCUGCCACCUGAUUGGCCGAAAACAUCCCGACCAGUUUUAUUUCAUCGUUGUGGUUUUAAUUUAACUUUUUUUAAACUGAAGGGAUUUGUAACACGAGCGUCUCCAUCACAAAUCUUUAUUUUUCUUUUCACCCACGCUACAACUUACUGUGUAACUAAAAGACUUUUGUUUUGUUUGUGUAAUGCAUGAUUAAUACAAUAAAAGUAUUUUUUCUAGUCUUCCAGAAAAAUGGAAAAAAAAAGAUCGGUUUGCGAGUUUUGAUGAGUUUUGUAAUUUUUCUUUUUGAUUUACAAACUAUGAAACAGCAGAUUUGAAAGAUUGUACCACAUAGCAGAAUACAACUGUUGAAAUGUAUAUAAAAUGUCUAUAAUAACUAUUAAAUGGUGUACCUGUACAGAG